CAGCAGUUUGAGUUGGUCCUACUGCAUUGGUUGACAAAAUGGUGUACGAAUUUUGAAGCACAAAAUGUGCGGAGAAAUGACAUAGAAAUGUAGCCCUUGACCACAUUUGGGCAUGAAGUUUAAUUUGUGCACUGACCUAUCCAAAAGAAGGCAAACACUAGUUUAAAACUGCGUUCAUAACCUACUUCUGAUUUAAGAUUUAUCACUGUUGAAGGAAGACAGUAGUUGGGAGCACUCUUUGUGCAGCAGGAGAGAAUAGUUUCUCCAAAUGUAAAUGUCAUUGAGGGCUGUUAUCUGUAUAAUAAGAACAAGAAUGAGAAUGGCAAUGCAUCCUUUAAUACCAAUACAGCUGGCAGAUCAACUCGUGUAAAAGUAGAACCCUGCUUGUGUCGUGUAAACCUUGGAUGACUGUUAGGGGACUCUAAAUCUCGAAGAGAGGAAAAAAGGAAAAAAAAAAGUUAGGAAAAAUGGCUUCUGAUGCAGACUUAAAAGUCAGCAGUCCAGUAGAAACUAUAGAGUCUUUAACGAAAGAGGCAGAAGCACUGAAAGCAAAGCUUGAAGAAGAAAGACAGAAGCUGAAUGACGUAGCAUUGUCAACUGUCGCUGAAAGACUGGAGGUGAUAAAUUAUCUCAAUAUCAAACCUCGACGUUUGCUCAAAGGGCAUCAAGCAAAGGUCCUGUGUUCAGACUGGUCACCAGAUAAGCGUCACAUUGUCUCAUCUUCUCAGGAUGGGAAAAUGAUUAUAUGGGAUGCAUUUACAACUAACAAAGAACAUGCUGUUACAAUGCCUACUACAUGGGUGAUGGCUUGUGCAUAUGCUCCAUCAGGAAAUUUGGUUGCAUGUGGAGGUUUAGACAACAAGGUCACAGUAUACCCAUUGAGCCUUGAGGAAGAUGUUUCAACAAAGAAAAAAACAGUUGGUACUCACACAAGUUACAUGUCUUGCUGCACAUUUCCAAAUUCUGAUCAGCAGAUCCUGACAGGGAGUGGAGAUUCUACAUGUGCGCUGUGGGAUGUGGAAUCAGGACAGUUGCUGCAAAAUUUCCAUGGUCACAAUGGAGAUGUAAUGGCCAUUGAUCUUGCUCCCUCUGAGACUGGCAAUACGUUUGUAUCUGGGAGCUGUGACCGGAUGGUUCUCAUAUGGGACAUGCGAACAGGGCAGUGUGUUCAGUCAUUUGAAGGCCAUCAGUCAGACAUAAAUAGUGUGAAAUUUCAUCCAAGUGGAGAUGCUGUAGCUACCGGUUCUGAUGAUGCAACAUGUCGUUUAUUUGAUCUGAGGGCAGACAAAGAAGUUGCUGUGUACUCCAAAGAGAGCAUCAUCUUUGGUGUUAAUUCUGUGGAUUUCUCUGUUAGUGGGAGGCUUCUUUUUGCUGGAUAUAAUGAUUAUACUGUUAAUGUCUGGGAUUCACUAAAGUGUGUAAGAGUGACGCUGUUGUAUGGUCAUGAGAACAGGGUAUCUUGCCUGCAAGUGUCACCUGAUGGAACAGCUCUUUCUACCGGAAGCUGGGAUUAUACUUUACGGGUGUGGGCAUAGUCAUUAGAAUACCUACUACCAAACCAAAGAUGAUCUGCAUUUAUUAAGUUUAUAAUGGUAAUCCAAAGUCUCGUGUUUGUGUGUCUGAGCUUCAAAAUACUAGUCCCCCACUGAGUGAGAAACCAAAUUAAUUAUGUAUUGGAUUAUUGUAGUUACCUCGUACCUUGAAGAAAUGUAAUUUCUGCAUGUGUAAAGUAGUGUGAAAUGUACUGUUUUAAAUGGAUGUAGUAACUAAAUAAAAUUACAUCAGUCAUUAAA